CUUCAGGAGCCGGCCAUGGAGGGCGAGCAGGAACCGCUGCUGGGUUCGCGGCGUUCGGCUGCAGCGGCUGGGGCGUUUGCGGGGCGGCGCGCGGCGUGCGGGGCAGUGCUGUUGGCCGAGCUGCUGGAGCGCGCGGCCUUCUACGGCGUCACGGCCAACCUGGUGCUGUUCCUGAAUGGCGCGCCGUUCAACUGGGAGGGCGCUCAGGCCAGCCAGGCGCUGCUGCUCUUCAUGGGCCUCACCUACCUGGGCUCGCCGUUCGGGGGCUGGCUCGCCGACGCACGCCUCGGCCGGGCGCGCGCCAUCCUGCUCAGCCUGGCGCUCUACCUGCUGGGCAUGCUGGCCUUCCCGCUGCUAGCCGCGCCCCGCUCGCGCUCUUUUCUCUGCGGGGACCCGCGUCCGGAGCUCGUGCGCAACUGCUCGGCUCCCUUCCCCAAUGGAACGGCCGUGUGUCCCGAUGCCGCCGCGCGCCGCUGCGCCCCCGCCACUUUCGCGGGGCUGGUGCUCGUGGGACUCGGUGUGGCCACGGUCAAGGCCAACAUCACGCCCUUUGGCGCGGACCAGGUCAAAGAUCGAGGUCCAGAAGCUACUCGGAGAUUUUUCAAUUGGUUUUACUGGAGCAUUAAUUUGGGAGCAAUCCUGUCGUUAGGAGGCAUUGCCUAUAUUCAGCAGAAUGUGAGCUUUCUCACGGGCUACCUGAUUCCCACAGUCUGUGUGGCCAUUGCUUUCCUGGUAUUCCUCUGUGGACAGAGUGUCUUCAUCACCAAGCCUCCUGAUGGCAGCGCCUUCACUGACAUGUUUAGGAUUCUGACCUACAGCUGCUGCUCCCAGAGAGGUGGACAGCAGAGAAGCGGUGAAGGCCUUGGAGUCUUUCAGCAAUCUUCUAAACACAGUCUGUUUGAUUCAUGUAAGAUGUCGCGUGGAGGGCCGUUCACAGAGGACAAAGUAGAAGAUGUGAAAGCUCUGGUCAAGAUCGUGCCCGUGUUCUUGGCUCUGAUUCCUUACUGGACAGUGUACUUCCAAAUGCAGACCACAUACGUUUUGCAGAGUCUUCAUUUGAAGAUUCCAGAAAUCUCAAGUAUCACCACCACCCAUCACACGCUGCCUGCAGCCUGGCUCACCAUGUUCGAUGCGGUGCUCAUUCUCCUGCUCAUCCCACUGAAGGACAAGCUAGUGGACCCCGUGCUCAGGAGACACGGCCUGCUUCCAUCCUCCUUGAAGAGAAUUGCCGUGGGAAUGUUCUUCGUCAUGUGCUCUGCCUUUGCUGCAGGAAUCCUGGAGAGUAAAAGACUGGACCUGGUGAAGGAGAAGACCAUCAACCAGACCAUUGGUGGUGUGGUAUACCAUGCCGCUGACCUACCCAUCUGGUGGCAGAUCCCACAAUAUGUGCUCAUUGGCAUCAGUGAGAUAUUUGCAAGUAUAGCAGGUCUGGAGUUUGCAUACUCAGCUGCCCCCAAGUCCAUGCAGAGCGCCAUCAUGGGACUCUUCUUCUUCUUCUCUGGCAUCGGGUCCUUUGUGGGCUCAGGACUGUUGGCCCUGGUGUCUCUCAAGUCCAUUGGGUGGAUGAGCAGCCAUACAGACUUUGGGAAUAUCAACAGCUGUCACCUGCAUUACUACUUCUUCCUGCUGGCCGCCAUUCAGGGAGCUACAUUGCUGCUCUUCCUCAUCGUGUCUGUGAAGUACGACCGCCAGCGAGCCAGGGCGGAUGGGAGGCCAGCCAACACGAGGACCUGAUGCAGCAAGCCAGCAUGCUUACAGGUUCUGCAGACUGUAAGGCCUCAGGGCCUGCUAGCCACCAGGGUACUACCAGCAGGCAGGUUGAGGCCAGAGUGUUGGUGUCCCAACUUCUGAACUUGCAUGUUGUUUGGACUGGCUUCUCCCUCCUUGUGCCCGAUGAGCGUGGUGAGUGCCUUACUGUGGUCUGUCUCAUGUACACUGGGCCUGUCAGGAGAUGAGAACGUGGCUUUUCUCACUGAAGGUCUCUGCAAGUCCUAAGCCAGCCAUGCUUCCUCCUUUAGAGUUUUGGGUAGCCAGUAUUCUGCUGUUGGCAUCCUGUUCCUUACCAACACUGUUACUUCUUCCUCAUAGCAUCUCCUUUCUUUAAGAUUAGCAAGCACUUCCAUCAAGGGGUACGAGGAUUCUCUUUAGACAUGAAACUGUGAUUGAAGGCAUGAGGGCUAUAGGAGCUGCAUCUGUUCCAUUCAUUCAUGGUCUUUUGUCACAGGUCUUGCUGAUGCCAAGGCCUUUGCGGGUCAGAAGUUUAGACUCAUCUGCUCAGAAAGUAGGUUUUGUUGGCUGAGGUAGGAAAGGUCGUCUUAGACUAGGCUGGCCUCAUACUUCGGGCUACCUUCUGUCUGCCUACCCAGUGCUGAGAUUCAGAUGUCUGUCACCAUAGUCAGCAGCACUUAGCUCUUGAACUACUGAUCUGCUUUUUUAAGCACAUGCAUCAGUGAUAAUUGAGGACACCAUGUUCUCGCCGAAACCAGACAGCAGCUGGCAGGACAUUGGAAACUAUACCAGGCAGAUCUUUUCCUAGAACUUUGUGUAGCAGUGAGGCGGGUGGUCAGUGGGAAAAUACGGGAGCUGUUGGGCUAUUUGCCCACCUUUGUAUUGUUACUGACAUAUCCAGGGUUCUGAGUUUGUCAACUAAGCUGUUCUGUGUGUUGCUGUGUUUUGUAUAAUUUUAUAAAAGCUUCUCAGACAUGGCACUAAGAGCUUCCUGGGUGAUUUCUCCAUGUUCUGCAUUAGUUCAGCAUACUCCUUACAGGUUCAUUUCAUGGCAGAAGCUGCUGCCAGCUCAGCCUUUCAUUCCUCUGGCCAAGCACUAGAGCCACAGUAUUCAAGUACACUUCUGCAAGAAACCCCACAGACAGAAACCCUUCUGUCUUUGCCUCUCUCACACACCAGGUAGAAAGGCUUCAGGAUGAAAACCAUCCACCAUACCCCUUUUGGCUCUGAAGGGAGGUAGUUCUUUAGAGCUUAGCUUGUCUUAAGAGAAGCUAGGUGCUGAAGUCGUUAACCUCCUUCUGUCACAAUGUAGGCUUUCUUGGUCUGGUGAGAGUGCCCAGCAGGUAAAGAAAGGUACUUGUCACCAAGCUUGAGAUUUGCAGACACGACAGAAGAACCAGUUUUCAUGAGUUGUUCCCUAACCUACACACAGAUGGAAUAUAUGCAAACCCCGACCCCAGGUAAAACUUGUAACUUUUUCAGAGUUGGUUUUCUUCACUGGAUCUUAUUUCCACGAAAGACGGUCACAGAGAAGGAACUCUGCCUCCACUGUGUGUACUCUAGACACACAGGGUGUGAGUGGGUCAUAGGUAGCUAUGGCCUCCCCAGCUCCGUGACCACCCAAGGAGCAUUCUCAGACAAGAGUGGUAGCUUGGCAAGAGACCUGGGUGUGAUAAAAAGGGCCCGUGUGAUCUGUUUCAGAGCUCCUGGGGUUUGGUUUUAACCUCUGAGUUUGCUGAGUGGUAAGAGCAUUCAUCAUUCAAAUGAGACACAAUGGUGCUGGCUUCAGUACUAGCCACACUCUGUGAGUGGCACCUUCAGCUGGAGAUGGGCAGCAGCCAGUGAUGGGAGUUGCCAUAGCACCCACAGGUUGCUGGCUGGGGGUGGGUGCCUGGAACUGAGCAGACUGAGUGGCUUUCUCUCACCAUGCUGCCCAGGUUUGAAAAUGAUCUGGCAUGUUAGUCAAACCUGGGAAAGAGCAUGAUAGGUACCUGAUUCACCUCCAGUCCUGGUUGUCUGCAGAUGAUGUACUUGUACUGGGACCUUGUGGGACCUGGCUGUGGAAGAGCAAGUGGUAGUCCUAAGCCUUGACCUUCAUCAGCAGUCAAUUUGAUCUGCAGUUCUAAACAAGCAGUUGAAUAAACACAAACUGAGCUGUA